AUGAAGCGGUCCCACGAGGCGAUUAGCCCUCCAAGGAUCAACGGGGAAGAAUCGACUCAUUCGAUCGUUGCGCCUAAGAUAUCGAAAGCUCGCGCAUGUGCGGAAUGCAAGCGCCACAAGAUCAAGUGCGAGGUGAAGCCUGGGGAAACCAGCUGCACCAAAUGCCUCAAAAGUGGUGCCAAAUGUGUAGCCAAUGACUUCUCGCAGAGAUUUGUUGAUGAUGAUGUUAAAUAUCUCUCUGUGAAGAGCUCGACUGACAUCCUCCUUUGUAGCUGGAAGGCCCAGGCCUCUAAUAGAAUGCAGCGCCUUGAGGCUGCUGUAUCGUAUCUUCUCCGCGAGAACAAGUUUCCUACACUGUCAGCUUUCGACCUGGCGCACUCCCCUGGAGCGCCCUCCGAACUAGGUUCUACCUCAAAUCACGCACCUAACGAAAUCCGAGUUAAUGAUAUGAACGCUGCGAAGUCACUGGACAUGACUAGAGAAAAUUCUCAGGAACCAAUGCCAGAAGAGCCUGACCUUGUACCUGCCCCUAUGGGCACCUUAUAUGAAGUCACAAAGCUCCGAAAUCUGAGAAGCAACCAAGUUGGGAAACCAAAGUCAACAUUGAUGGAAGAAGAUUUUAUUUCUAGAGGCUGCAUUUCGCUCCAUGAGGCCGAGGAGCUUUUUGCAUAUUUCCGCCGCACCUUGAACCAGCUCCUUUGGGGAGGGAUAAUUUUGGUGCAUCCGGAUCUACUUUCCGUUAGGAGAUCGUCAUCGCUCCUGGCUGCAGCAAUUUUAACAGUAUCUGCCCUCCAUAUUCCUAAUAGAACAGAUACCCUUAACAAGUGUUACAACGAGUUCGUCUCGCUGAUUGGUGCGGCCACUUUAUCUCGGUAUCAUACGCUAGAUGACAUUCGAGCAAGAUGCAUUGGUGCAUUCUGGCUACCGGAUCUUAGUUGGAAGCUUUCCGGACAAGCAGUCCGGAUAGCAACUGAGAUUAACUUGCACCAUAGCUUCUUGAAAAUGACAAGGGGCCAGACUGAUCAGUUCGAGCGUGCAAAACUCUGGUACUUGAUCUAUGUCUGCGAACAUCACUUUAGUAUCGCAUAUGGAAGGCCGCCCUCAAUACACGAAGAUGCUGCAAUUAAGAAUUAUGAGACUUUCCUACAAUCUCCGUCUGCCGUUCCGGGAGAUGUUCGACUCAUUGCUCAGGUAGCAUUGUUUGUCAUUUUAACGGAGGCAUACCGGAUUUACGGAUCGGAUACUGAACAAGCAUUGACCGAGUCUGAUUUUGGGCAGUUACGGUCGUUUAAUAGAGCAAUCGAGCAGUGGAGGAUCCUGUGGCAACCUCGAUCUCUUGAUAAUCCUUAUGUCCGAACGUAUCCGUCAAAGGGCGUAGUGCUACAUUACCAUUUCGCUAGGUUCCAGCUUAAUUCUCUAGCACUUCGUGCCAUUUCACCGAACAUGCAGUUUUCGCCGGAACGUAAAGAAGCUGCUAACGUAGCCAUUGCUUCGGCCAUAGCUACCCUCAACCUGGUGCUAGAAGAGGUCGACUUGCGUGAUGCUGUCGUAGGCGUUCCCAUUUUUACCCACACGAUGAUUACCUUCUCCGCUGUCUUCUUGCUUAAAGUUGCUGUUAUAUGGAACACAGGGUACCUGAACGUUGAUGCUGGCCGGGUACAGCACUUGGUAGAGAGAAUUAUUGAUCUAAUCACACGCGCGAGUGCAGGGGAAAAGCACUUGACUCGCCACAUUUCAAGAGGGCUCGGCAAAAUGCUUGAACGGUUCAAAGCGUGGAACCGCUCUGCUGCAAAUACGUCUCCGGAUACCAGCAGUAUGAGCAAUACUAUUAUCGACAGUGGGACGGAUAGUAGUGCCAGCUUCACACCGUCGAACAUGUUAAUUUCUGAUAUGGUGGGCGCAUAUGGUUUUAACCUUGAUGAACAUUUUCUUGAUCCAUAUAUGCCUAGCUACGGGUUUUAUGCUACUUAA